AUGAAAAAAAGUUUAAAAGUUAAUAAAAUAAAUGAUUUAGAAAACAAACCAGUAAUAAACAGUAUGUUAGCAAGAACAAUAAUUGGAUUCUUUAUGAUUAUUGUAUUUGUAAUUAUUAUAACACUAGACAAAUCCUUUUUAAUAGGGCUUGUGUGUAUAAUAAGUAUUAAUCUUACUUAUGAAAUGAUAAUGCUGACUCGUAAAACAGGCUUUAGUUAUGUUAUUAACCCGCUUGUUAUUAUAUUUGUCAGUGUUAUAAAUUUCCUUCAACAUGCAUAUUCUGCUUUAAUAAUGGCUUUUCCCUACUCAAGGAAAUUUUUACCAAUUGUUCGAUUUAGAAUUUGGUCAUAUUUUAGUUAUGUUCUAUUCUUUGUUUACUUCGUUAAAUCACUUAAAAAGAAAUGUUUAAAAAGACAAUUUGAGAUCUUAUUAGCAAUACAUGUUGUUCCUUAUUUGACUGGCACUACCUGUAGAUUUGCAAUUAUGAACAUUAUUCAAGGCAAGUAUUAUUUGGUUAUGCCUGCCAGUGUUGUUAUUACUAAUGACAUUGGAGCUUACUUCUUUGGAAAAUUUUUUGGUAGAACAAGUUUAUUUUCUUUAAGUCCCAACAAAACAAUUGAAGGAUUUAUUGGUGGUGCUAUUAGUUCUUUAGUUGUGAGUUUAAUAUUUAGUUAUUUAAAAUUAAACCAGAAUUUUUUACCAGAUGAAAUUGAUGGUUAUAUUAAGUCUGAUUAUAUACUUCCUUUUGUCUAUUAUAGAAUUCCUCAGGUUUAUAUAAUGAGUCUUUAUUUUUUUAUUGGAUCUUCAAUUUUAGCACCUUUUGCUGGGUUUCUGGCUUCUGCCGUUAAAAGAUUUUAUCGGACUAAAGACUUUUCAAAUGUCUUUUUAAUUCAUGGUGGAUUUACUGAUAGGUUUGAUUGUCAUAUUAUGAUGAUAUGGCUCACGUACUUUUUCCUUAAAUUAUUAAAAGGUGCAAAAAUCUCACAAGCACAGGCAAUUACCCAUUACUUGAUAGAGAACUUUACUGAUGAAGAAGUUUUAGAAAUUAUUAAAACUUUAAAUUCAAAAUUAAAUUGA